AUGUCGACUACUCAGGUUGUUCAAGUUGCAAGCAUCUCCACAGCGCUUGCCGCUGCCGGUGGCAUCGCAAACAUGUCCCUCUUCGACAUCCCAAUGCUCGUGUCGCAACCAGCAUCGCGAUCUCUACCACUCAUCCGCUGGCUUUUCAGUCGCGGUUCACACAUUUUUCCGACUGCCGCUUUCGUUUCCAGCAGUGGGUUCGCAUAUUUGGCCUAUAACGCGCUUCCACCCGCUACGGGCACGUUCAACAAUUUGCUGAGCAGCGCGACACGAGGCGGGCCUGUAACCUGGUACGUCGUGGCGGCAGCAUUGUCCAUCAGCAUCGCGCCGUGGACGAUGCUCGUCAUGGUUCCAACAAAUUUCACGCUCAUCGAAAAGAAUGAACAGAAAGGUGGAAAGAGGAGCGCUGCGACACCAGACUCGGCUACGAAACGGAGUGCGGACGGUUCAGUAAAUAGCGAGGGUGACGCGAGUCAGUGGACCGAUCUAAGCGUACCGCAAGAGCGUACGAAGGAAAACACUACGAAAGACGAGGAUAGGGAGGUGCAGCAACUGUUAGAGAAGUUUGGCAGGUUGAACAGUGCUAGAGCUGUUUUGAUCGGCUUGGGAGGUGUUGUUGGGUUGGUUGGUGCGCUUGGUUAG